UCCGUGAUGUUGUCAUAGUGUCAGGGCUAGGGAUUUACUUGAACUUGAAUUCUGCACUGUCACCUUUGGGACCUGGGUUGAAGAAGACUGAGAAGGUUGCUGAGGAAGGAGCUUAGCUUUUUGGCGAGAAUUAAUAGGCACUCCGUCAAGGAGUUAGGUUUCCUGAAACUGUUUACAUAGGAGAAGAUGUACCUGUAGCGUCAGAUUCCUUGGAAUCCUUCAGAGAUUUUCUCCUGCAGAGUCUAUUCCAGAGCCCUUCCAGCCUGCCCUUGGCUAGUUACAUUUUCAGAUCUAUGCUGAAGAUGUGUAGAUUUUUCUCCUCGGUAGAGAGCCCACUGCCUUAGCAUUUAGUAAAAUAGUUAUUUAUUGAAGAAAGGUUCAUAUCUGUUUCUGGUAUCACCAGAGUCUCUUGUGACCUCAUAGGAAUGUUGACUAGAGUUUUAUUUUCUAAAGCUAAGGCCGCUGGUAUGCGUGUUACGUAGACCUCCGCAUGUAUGCACGUUUCAUGUUAAACUCCAAUCCUUGGUCGCAGUGGCAGUAGUGACAGUGCUCCUGGAACAGCGUUGUCUGUGCUCUCCAGACCAACAGAGUCACCUUAAAGGGCCUUGUGUGUUCUUCCGACAGAGUUGCCUGUCGGUAAGGAGGGGUAUCACCGACACAGUUACCCAUUGGUGAGAAGGGGUACCAGAACCCAGAGAGGACGGUGACUGCAGACCUGGGCCAAAAGGAUGAGCAUGAGGACAAUUGUCUUCAGCAGUGAAGGGAUCUUGCAGCAAUGAGAAUAAGGGUGUCGUCACCAUUUUACAUAGGGAGCAUAUCUUUUAAAAAUGUUUUAAAGGAAGAGUUAUAUGAGUUUUAAAAUAUAUAAAUGUCAAAUUAUGUCAUUCAUAUGAGACACGCAUAUCCUUUUUUCAUUCUUCUCUUGCCAUUAUACUUUUAUAUAUCAGUCUCUCUCUACACACACACACACACAUACACACACACACACACUAUUUUAGAAAAACACAGGAUUUUUUUCUUUAUUGAAUGAACAGUGCAUGAUACAGCUGCUAGGCCUCAGUAAAUGUUGGUUUAACAAUGAUUCAUCACACCGACCCAAUAUGUUUUACAUUGCCUUUCUUCCAUCCCUUUAUAUUUCUCCAAAAUUGAUUUUGUGCCCUGGCUUUUGCAAUCAGUAUUUUAUCAGCUUUGCUGAUAAAAUGCAACAUCUCAGUUGCAUGGUUGAGGAUGUUUGUGGAAGACACUGCGUAGCCUGUCCAUUCUGGGAAGUGUUCCUGACGUAGGCUUCUCUGUUACUCGGAAGCCACUGGGUGCUUGACACAUGGCCAUUUCACCUCAUUUUCUGGGGGCGACAUGGAAAAACUGAGCCUAACAUACUUUCCAGAAGCAAUCGGAUCUUACCUGAUUAAAGCCAUACAUUUCUCUCCAAGACAGUUCAUCUCCCUCCACGAACUAGAGUGAGGAAAGUUCACGUUUGUAUUAUAAGGUUGACCUUUUCACCAUGAUUCCCUGCAGAGCAGCGCUGACUUUCGCCCGGUGUCUGAUCCGGAGGAAAAUCGUCGUUCUGGACAGUCUCGAAGAUUCCAAAUUAAGCCGUUGCUUGUCCACCGUGGACCUCAUUGCCCUGGGGGUUGGAAGCACUCUGGGUGCUGGGGUUUACGUCCUCGCCGGGGAGGUUGCCAAGUCCGAUUCCGGCCCCAGCAUCGUGCUGUCCUUCCUCAUUGCCGCCCUGGCUUCGGUGAUGGCAGGCCUUUGCUAUGCUGAAUUUGGGGCCCGAGUCCCCAAGACGGGCUCCGCGUAUUUGUACACCUACGUUACCGUGGGAGAGCUGUGGGCCUUCAUCACCGGCUGGAACCUCAUUUUAUCCUACGUGAUCGGUACAUCGAGUGUUGCGAGAGCCUGGAGCGGCACCUUCGAUGAACUUCUUAACAAACAGAUCGGUCAGUUUUUCAGGACAUACUUCAAUAUAAAUUAUACCGGCCUUGCAGAGUAUCCCGACUUUUUUGCCGUGUGUCUCAUAUUACUUCUAUCAGGUCUCCUAUCGUUCGGAGUGAAAGAGUCCGCCUGGGUAAAUAAAAUCUUCACAGCGGUCAACAUCCUGGUCCUCCUCUUUGUCAUGGUGGCUGGGUUUGUGAAAGGGAAUGUGGCCAACUGGAAGAUUAGUGAGGAGUUUCUCAAAAAUAUAUCCGUAAACGCCAGAGAGCCGCCUACUGAAAAUGGAACAAGUGUCUAUGGGGCUGGUGGCUUCAUGCCUUAUGGCUUUGCGGGGACUUUGGCCGGGGCUGCAACCUGCUUCUAUGCCUUCGUGGGAUUUGACUGCAUUGCCACCACCGGUGAAGAAGUCCGGAAUCCUCAGAAAGCUAUUCCUAUUGGAAUUGUGACUUCGUUGCUUGUUUGCUUUAUGGCCUAUUUUGGGGUCUCGGCAGCUUUAACACUUAUGAUGCCGUACUACCUCCUGGAUGAGAAGAGCCCCCUCCCCGUAGCGUUUGAGUAUGUCGGCUGGGGUCCUGCCAAGUAUGUCGUGGCCGCCGGCUCCCUCUGUGCUCUGUCCGCGAGUCUUCUUGGAUGCAUUUUCCCAAUGCCGCGUGUAAUCUAUGCUAUGGCCGAGGAUGGGUUGCUUUUCAAAUGUCUAGCUCAAAUCAAUUCCAAAACGAAGACACCAAUAAUCGCUACUUUAUCAUCGGGUGCAGUGGCAGCGGUGAUGGCGUUUCUCUUUGACCUGAAGGCCCUCGUGGAUAUGAUGUCCAUCGGCACGCUGCUGGCCUACUCUCUGGUGGCCGCCUGUGUUCUCAUCCUCAGGUACCAGCCUGGCUUAUCGUACGAGCAGCCCAAAUACGCUCCCGAGAAAGAGGCUCUGCAGCCGUGUGCCAGUGCGGAAUCAGAAAGCGCGUCCCAGGUCACCAUGCUGCAGGGACCGGGUUCCAGCCUGUCCACCCUCUUCAGCCCCUCGGCUCUGCCCACACAGCAGUCGGCUUCUCUGGUGAGCGUCCUGGUGGUACUCCUCGCAUCUCUCGUUCUGGGCCUGAGUAUUCUGACCACCUACGGAGUCCAGGCCAUUGCCGCGCUGGAGGCGUGGAGCCUGGCCCUCCUGGUGCUGUUCGUGCUUCUCUUCAUCGCCGUCAUCCUCACCAUUUGGAGGCAGCCCCAGAAUCAGCAUAAAGUCUCCUUCAUGGUUCCAUUCUUACCAUUCCUGCCAGCAUUCAGCAUCCUGGUGAACAUUUACCUGAUGGUCCAGCUGAGUGCCGUGACUUGGAUCCGAUUUAGCAUUUGGAUGGCGCUCGGGUUCCUGAUUUACUUCACUUACGGCAUUAGACACAGCCUGGAGAGCAAUCCAAGGGAUGAAGAUGAUGACGAAGACUCAUAUUCAGACACCGUUCAUGCAGCAACGGAAGAAAAAUCCGCCUUCCAGGUACACGACCACCACCAAAGAAGCCUCAGCUUACCCUUUGUACUCAGUGAAAAGACGAGCGAGUGCUAAUGCUCGCUGGAGCGGAGUCCACAGUCUUAACGAGCACACCCCACACUGAGUGGCCCGGACAGGGCGGCGGCGCCGUGCUGGCUUGUCAUGGGCUUGCUGCGGACAUAGUUCCCCCUAAUUUAUACUCACCUGGACAGCACCUCCUCAGGUAAUGAGUUACGUACCUGAGGAAACCUGAGCUCUCUCCUAGUGCUGAGUAUCUCCCAAAUAAUGUGUGUGUGUGUGUGUGUGUGUGUGUGUGUCUGUGUGUCGGGGAAUACAAAUGGUAAAAGUUGUCUGUGUUUUGCUGUUACUGCAUUACAUUUUUUCCAGUGUUUGUCUUGAACUGGUGCCAUAUACUGCACAUACUGAAAUGCAGGCAGUCACCACCUAGAAAAGUGUUCUGUAUGUGCUUGGUGUUGUUAGGGAAAUAAUUUGCUUCGCCUUGUUAGAUUUCAUUAAUUAAUGUCAACGUAGAGCGUGCUGCACAUGCAGUCCCUCAUCUGGGCGUCUGUCACUGGUCAAGAGUAACAGGAGGGGAUGAGAAACGAGCCUUUUUCUAUAACUUACAAAGCCAUCGGUGGGUUUAGUACAGAGUUUCCUUCUACGAGGUGUGGCAGUUUGCUAAAACUUUAGCCAGUAGGAGUGUUUGCAGCCACCUUGCUGCACAGGGAGGCGUGGCCUUCUGUGUCACCAGGUGGCGCCCCUUGGAGCUGCUGUCUUCUCUGAGCAUGGUGUCCUCGAGACCCUUGUGCCAGAAUGUGGUCUCCGUGGCCAGAAAGCUGGCAUAAAUAGCAACAGUGAGGAUGUGUUGUUUUGAAAAGUCACUUAAAAUCAGCUAGUUGAGUCUCCACAUCAUGCAGUUGGUGGGUGAUUCAUACUUUUUUCCAUUACUUACUAGCCAAUCACAGUUCAGGCUCUUUAACCUUGUCAAACAAAGAAUUCAGUCCUCUGUUUCGAUUCUCUGUUUCUUGUCUGAGAUAUGAGGGGUUACAGUUGCACAGUCUACCUUUAUUACGUGCAAAAGUAGAAAAAACGAAGGGAUACAAGAAGGGAAAAUUUCCUUGUUCUAAUUUUGCAGUGCCUAUUCAGAUGUUAAAGGGCAUUUGGCUCAGAUCCCAGGGUUUAGAUCUCAUUUGACUGUUUCUUUUGCAGACAUUUAGGGAUAUUUUUCAUCUCUCAUUCCAUGAUAGUUUAGCACUUAUAGUCUCAUUUAUUUUUAAAUGACCACACUAAAGCUACUCAUAUGAGCUCCAAUAUUCUGUACUAACCCAUCAGUGGUUGGGAAAUACCAUAUUGUGGUUAAAUACAUGAUUAUAUAAAACUCUAAGCUAAAAGAUUAACCAAAUGAAAGUUGUAGAAACACAGCAGCCUUUAUAUGACUAAAUAAUUUGUUUUUAAAUGUGAGAUUCUCUGAUUACUGGGUGUCACUUUGUAGGCUUCUCUGAUAGUGGACUAUUUAUCUGCAGUGGGAUUUGCUUCUCAUGAAUUAUAUAUUUAUUACAAAUCCUGAAAUAGUCCACUAGAUGAAGCUGGAGGUGUGCAUGGGUUACAUUCCCAGGACGGUUGUUACCAAGCACACCAGUUGACCAGCUUACUCCCCAAACAAGGAAAACAUCUCUGUCAGCUCUUCCAAGAAAUCCAUUAUUUUAUUGCUGCAUUAAGAAGCAAGUUGCAACUGAAUGGUCUAACCAAGAGUUUAUAGUGAUGAAACAUCAAACAGACAAGUAGAAAGCCUGGCUCUCCGGCUGCUGCAGUCCUGGAGUCCCUGACAUGGAACUCAGAGCUGACAUUCCACAAGCACCAGCGUGUACGUGUGAUGUCCGAGGCCCAGCACUCUCUCCCAAGCUGCCUGUCUCCCUGGAGGGGAAGAGUUAGGCAGGCAGGGAGCGAAGGACGUGAGUGAGGACUGCAUGCUCCUGAGUCCUGGCUGUGGUAGCUGUGCCCUAAGGCCUGUGUUUAUUCCAUUGUCAGUCUAGAAUAGGCCCCGCACCAGGGAACACGAGGAAUUUCGUACGUGCAUACUUAACUCUCUUAUCUUAACAGAAUCAAGAAACUCUCUUAGAAUGGGACAGGCAGCUAAAAUUAUUAUGCCCGCUGUGUUCCAUUAGGAGCAGAGAUUAGUUUAAAAAAGCAUUUUUCCACAUUGAAACACUUUGCAAACACAAAUCUAUGAAAAGACACUUUGUCAGCAACCGCUUUUUCUCUGUGAAGACUCAAAUGUCUGUCUAUGUGAGUGUGUAUGUAUUAUAUAUAUGUGUAUGUCUGUGUAUUCCAACUGUCCAUGCAAAAGUCGGUUGGGUUUAAGAUGAGCUUUGGAAAUAAUACCAUUGUGUGGAUUUAAAAAAAACCCAACUGAUGUAGAGAUAAUACAGUGUUUUGUAUUGAAAGAUACGCUUAUAUAAAAUUUUUAGGUUUUAAAGUAUUUUGAAAUACAUAGUGAUUUUAUAUAUAUGAUAUUUUCUAUAGAUAGAUUGUUCAGGAAAGCUGUAUUUAUAGUGUUUCUAAUAUGAAAUCACUAAACUCUAGUACAUUGUAACAGGUGCUUUCUACUCUGAGGUGGGGUUGGGGACACUCGGGUGUCCCGUUGACUUGGUCUCUGUGCCACCUUCUCGGCAUCUCUGCCUCAGCUGGUCCGGAAAAAGCCGGCACUGCCCACCUGGGUACCACUUCCCUGCCCCCACACUGGAAUUCAUGACCUUCGGAACAAAAUGUUGUUUUAACUUUCUUAGGAGUACCAAAAUGUUCUGUUAAAUGAAUGACACUUAUAUAAAGUUCUCUCCAGAAAUUAAAAAAUAUAGAAACAUCUUCUCAUUAUUGUGAUUGCAUAGCAACAGCUUAAAUGACUUUUUUUGUACUAGGAAAUAUGUUUUUAUAACAUUUUCGGUGAGAAGCAUCUUAUAAUAACACUUUUAUUUGAUGCUCUUUUAAAAGAGAAGAUGGUUUGUGAAUAACUGUGUGAAGGCCCUCCUGCCCUACAUAACCAGGUACUGUGCAAGUUCAAGUUUAAAAAUUAUUUAAUUUAUUGAGAAAUAAAUUAUUGAGAAAACUGA